GUUUAACCAGUAUAUACUGGAGGGGCUAGUGUGUUUUUCAUUCCUGAUAGUGGUGGUGUGCAGAUGUGCAAUUCCUUAGAUUACUUUUUAAAGGUGCUCUCUCUCUCUCUCUUUCUCUCUCUCUCUCUCUUUCUCUCUCUCUCUCUAGUUCAUUAUCUCAUUGAGGAACAGUGUUUGGUAUGACAUAUUCAGAGUAAUCUCACUGGACUGUGUCUGUUUGCAAAACACUAGUGGUUCUAUGAUCCUUCUGAAGGGAUAGAGAGAGAGAGAGAGAGAGAUGAGACAUUAGAUUGAGGCAAGGAGAGAGAAAGAAUUCUAGUUUAAUUUUAAAGAUGAAAAUGAAGCGUUUUUAUUGCGGUGACAUUUAUAAAGUAUCUCUAUUUGUAAGAGAUUCCGGCCUGUCAGCUUGUUUGGUUCCUGUCUGUCUCUUGCUUUCACUGUUUUGUGAAAAGAGCCACAAAAAGGAAGGAAGGAGCGAGAGAGUGUCACAGAACGACAGAGAGAAAAAGAAGGUGGGGACGGAGGAAGAAGUGAAGGUGAAAAUGGUUCGGUGGUUCCACAGGGAUAUCUCUGGCUUGGAUGCUGAGUCUGUUUUGAAGAGCCGGGGCAUCCAUGGCAGCUUCCUGGCCCGACCCAGCAGGAAGAACCAGGGAGACUUCUCUCUCUCUGUCAGGGUGGGUGAGCUGGUGACCCACAUCCGUAUCCAAAACACAGGGGACUUCUAUGACCUGUAUGGAGGGGAGAAGUUUGCCACGCUGUCCGAGCUGGUGGAGUACUACACUGCAGAGAACGGGAUCCUGCAGGACAAAGACGGCACCAUCAUCGAGCUCAAAUACCCCUUCAACUGCUCUGACCCCACCACCGAGAGGUGGUAUCACGGACACUUGUCAGGCCCCAACGCAGAGAAGUUGCUAUGGGAACGGGACGAGCCGGGCACCUUCCUGGUGCGGGAGUCUCUGUCCAAACCUGGAGACUUUGUUCUGUCUGUCCUGACUGAGGAGAAGAGCAAGGCAUCCAGCGGAGGGAGGAGGGUCUCACACAUCAAGAUCAUGUGCCAGAAUGACCGGUACACGGUGGGAGGCACAGAGAUGUUUGACACCCUGGCUGACCUGAUGGAGCACUACAAACGCAAAGGCAUUGAGGAGAUGUCUGGAACCUGGGUGCACCUCAAACAGCCCUACUUCUCCACCAGAGUGAAUGCAGCAGACAUUGACAGCAGAGUGAGGCUGCUGGACCAGACGGCCGAGAGAGAGAACGAGGGAGACAAGAAGAGCAAAGCAGGAUUCUGGGAGGAGUUUGAUGCCCUUCAAAAGCAGGAGACAAAGGUGAAGAAGAGCAGAGAAGAAGGGAUGAGACCAGAAAACAAAAGCAAAAACCGAUAUAAGAACAUACUUCCCUUUGAUGAGACCAGGGUUAUUCUGUCAUCUGGAGACCCCAAUAUCAUUGGCUCAGAUUACAUCAAUGCCAACUAUGUGACAAAUAAGCUGCAGGAGUCCGGUGACCAGAAGGUGUACAUCGCCUGUCAGGGCUGCCUUGCAACAACUGUCAACGAUUUCUGGCAGAUGGUGUGGCAAGAGAAGACAAGGGUCAUCGUCAUGACAACCAGGGAGGUCGAGAAGGGACGGAAUAAAUGUGUGCCAUACUGGCCAGAAAUGCAGGGCUCCAAAGAGGUGGGGCCGUAUGUGGUCACUUGUGUCUCUGAGAGAGAUGCCACUGACUACAAGGUUAGGGUUAUGGAGAUCUCCCCUCUGGAUCAGUCGGAUUCGGUCCGUACUAUCUGGCACUACCAGUACCUGAGCUGGCCCGACCAUGGAGUUCCCGAGGAGCCAGGAGGGGUGCUCAGCUUCCUCUCUCAGGUCAACUUAAAACAGGCUGAGUUCACCAACGCUGGGCCAAUGAUCAUCCACUGCAGUGCUGGAAUAGGCCGAACUGGCACCAUUGUGGUGAUCGACAUGAUCAUCAAGACCAUCGACACUAAAGGUCUGGACUGUGACAUAGACAUCCAGAAGAGCAUCCAGAUGGUGCGAGAUCAGCGGUCAGGCAUGGUGCAGACUGAGGCCCAGUACAAGUUCAUCUACCUGGCCGUCUCUGAGUACAUAGAGGCCUCCAAGACCUACAACAAGGGAGCUGAGACAGAGUAUGGAAAUUUGCAGUUCAAACACCAGCCUGCCAGCCGCAAGGUCUCCAAAAACAAGGAACAGGAAUUGUAUGAAAACCUAGCCAAAGGAAAGAAAGAUGUGAAGAAGCAGAAGUCAGAGGAGAAGAAGAGUGGCUCCGUGAGAAAAAGAUAGAGGAUGAGAGAGCUGUGUCCUGAUGAUUUAAUAUUGAAUUUGAUAUUAACUUUUUAUUUUAAAAGAUGUAUUUCAGUGUUUUUUUUUUUAUAUCAAGCAAUAAAGUUGAUGUCUGUGAUAUAAUUAAGGUUAUAAAGCAAAGUACUGAUAUACUUGGGCCCUGGGCCGUGAACCAUGGAACCAUUCUGCACCCAUGCAAAUGGGAAUGUAUUGACAUUUUUGCUGACAAAUGCUCAGAGUAAUAUGCAUUAAUUUCUUUCUUCAUCACAAUUGUAUUGUAUCCAUGGGUGCAAAGCUUAUAGAAUAUUCUACAAUGAAUAUAAUAAAAUGCCAUGACCACGGGAUCUAGCACAGCGGGGACACACUGCCACUCCAAUGAAAGUUUUAGAUAAGACAUAUCUCUUUAAUGAGCUAUUAUGUUUAUAGACUAACAUUGGCAACAUCACUGGGCUCCCCCAGUCUCCGACGACCCGCAGUGACUGCCCCGAGUGAGAGGAAAACAUUGAGCGAGAUGAAUGAACUUUCCCCCCGCCUCCCUCUCCUCCGCAUGUGAUACAGAACACAGUCUGCUCUCCAAACAGUGAUAGUGAAGGAGAGCGAGAGAAACUUUGAAAACGUUUGCGUGUGUAAUGUUUACUGUUCAUUUCUGAUUGCUUAUUUCACUUUUGUUUAAUGUUUUUCACAUGUUUUGGCAAUGUAAGUAUGUUUCCCAUGCCAAUAAAGCAAUUGUGAAUAGAGAGAAUGCCGUUUAAUUAACGCGGAAAGGGCACAGACCUACCCAGUUACCACUUUAGGAAUAGGAUUAGUGGAACAAAAACUGUUUGCAUAAAGCUCCGUAAGGAAGAGUUUACACUUUCCGAGGGAGGGGAGAGGGAGCGAAUAGGGAACUUAGAGGGGUUGUGCACCGUCUGCAUCAACAAUCGAUACCCGGGAAUUGAAGGAGUGAAGAGAGCAGAGGACGGUCAUUUUGGAUACUGCCGCCACUCUGUUAAAAACAUUCCAGCAGCUCAAUCAUUCCUUUAUCGCGUUGCAGUUUUGCGUAAAACCGCAUACCCUCUGACUGACACUAGCAGAUAGAGGGUUAGCUCACAAGUUGCAUAAGUGUUAUUAUUAUCGAACAAUAUGGUAGUGGUGAGAGCAGUGAAAAGAACAGAGAAGGAUAAUAUCUGUAGAGACGAGGCAACACUGUAGGUUACAGUUUUCUUUGUUGAGUUCCUCUGCAAAACUAAAGGCUAAAAGAUGUCUAAACCAAAUUACACAGGAACCUUUCACAUGGUGUCUCAAGAUAACUUCGAGAACUACCUCGCAGCUUUGGAAACAAGGAACAGGAAUUGUAUGAAAACCUAGCCAAAGGAAAGAAAGAUGUGAAGAAGCAGAAGUCAGAGGAGAAGAAGAGUGGCUCCGUGAGAAAAAGAUAGAGGAUGAGAGAGCUGUGUCCUGAUGAUUUAAUAUUGAAUUUGAUAUUAACUUUUUAUUUUAAAAGAUGUAUUUCAGUGUUUUUUUUUUUAUAUCAAGCAAUAAAGUUGAUGUCUGUGAUAUAAUUAAGGUUAUAAAGCAAAGUACUGAUAUACUUGGGCCCUGGGCCGUGAACCAUGGAACCAUUCUGCACCCAUGCAAAUGGGAAUGUAUUGACAUUUUUGCUGACAAAUGCUCAGAGUAAUAUGCAUUAAUUUCUUUCUUCAUCACAAUUGUAUUGUAUCCAUGGGUGCAAAGCUUAUAGAAUAUUCUACAAUGAAUAUAAUAAAAUGCCAUGACCACGGGAUCUAGCACAGCGGGGACACACUGCCACUCCAAUGAAAGUUUUAGAUAAGACAUAUCUCUUUAAUGAGCUAUUAUGUUUAUAGACUAACAUUGGCAACAUCACUGGGCUCCCCCAGUCUCCGACGACCCGCAGUGACUGCCCCGAGUGAGAGGAAAACAUUGAGCGAGAUGAAUGAACUUUCCCCCCGCCUCCCUCUCCUCCGCAUGUGAUACAGAACACAGUCUGCUCUCCAAACAGUGAUAGUGAAGGAGAGCGAGAGAAACUUUGAAAACGUUUGCGUGUGUAAUGUUUACUGUUCAUUUCUGAUUGCUUAUUUCACUUUUGUUUAAUGUUUUGGCAAUGUAAGUAUGUUUCCCAUGCCAAUAAAGCAAUUGUGAAUAGAGAGAAGGCCGUUUAAUUAACGCGGAAAGGGCACAGACCUACCCAGUUACCACUUUAGGAAUAGGAUUAGUGGAACAAAAACUGUUUGCAUAAAGCUCCGUAAGGAAGAGUUUACACUUUCCGAGGGAGGGGAGAGGGAGCGAAUAGGGAACUUAGAGGGGUUGUGCACCGUCUGCAUCAACAAUCGAUACCCGGGAAUUGAAGGAGUGAAGAGAGCAGAGGACGGUCAUUUUGGAUACUGCCGCCACUCUGUUAAAAACAUUCCAGGCAGCUCAAUCAUUCCUUUAUCUCGUUGCAGUUUUGCGUAAAACCGCAUACCCUCUGACUGACACUAGCAGAUAGAGGGUUAGCUCACAAGUUGCAUAAGUGUUAUUAUUAUCGAACAAUAUGGUAGUGGUGAGAGCAGUGAAAAGAACAGAGAAGGAUAAUAUCUGUAGAGACGAGGCAACACUGUAGCUUACAGUUUUCUUUGUUGAGUUCCUCUGCAAAACUAAAGGCUAAAAGAUGUCUAAACCAAAUUACACAGGAACCUUUCACAUGGUGUCUCAAGAUAACUUCGAGAACUACCUCGCAGCUUUGGUGUGUAUGUUGAAGCUCACUAAACAGAUAGUCCAUGACCCGGCCACGGGCAGUAUGAAGAUCCGCACACUCACCACCUUUAAGGACUUUGAUAUGGAUUUCUAACUGGGUCAGGUCUUCACCGAGGACCUGGGACCUGUGGAUGGACGAGUCUGUCAGACCACAGUGGACUGGGAGGGUGAUAAGCUGGUGUGUGUUCAGAGAGGAGAGAAGAGGAUGGACACACUGGCUGGAGGGAGACAAGCUACACCUGGAGAUGAGAGUUGGAGAUGUGGUCGCCAGGCAACUCUUCAAGAAGGCAGACUGAAACCACUGGGAACGAUCUCGUUCAUCAACUUCACGUUCAUGAUUCUCAUUAGAAAACAGUCUAGGACUUGGUAUAUAAGUGCCAUAGCUUUUUAAAUAUGAUCAUCAUUGUUUUAAAACCAUUACUUAAUGGACAACAUUUAAGAUAUUUUUUAAUUUGUGUGGUAUUUCAUUGUGGGAAAGAUUGUCAAUGGUCUAUUUUGAAUGUUGUCAUGGUACAGUGCAGGGUGAAUUGUGUAAACAUUCCCAAUGUGUUUCCUCGUAUAGCACUACGCUAGUUCACAAUGCCAUUGAAUGUUCCCUUUUGUGUUGUAUGUGGCUGUUCUGUGUCCAAAUAUACCACCUGAUGCUCCACACUAUAAAUACAGAUGUUGUCUCUUUAUGGAA